AAUUUAUAUAUUAAAAAAUUAUAAAAAUUAUAUAUUAAUAAUCUAUAUGUUAAGACAAAUCAAACAAGAUCACACAUGACUAUAUUUAGGCUUACACAUUGAGAGAAUUUGAUGAGUCAAAGUGCUUAGAUGAACAGUUUCAAAAGUCAAAUGUUGACAAAUACAUGGGGACAGAGGGAGUAGGAAGUACUCCUUAUUCUGUUUCGAUAUCAAAUUAUGAGAGUGGGGAGACUAAUGACUAGGGGAGGGUAUUCUGGAAAUCUCACUCUUAGGGAGGAAGGCAACGAAACGCAGAGUGGAUCCUUCCGAUAACCCGAUCGAUCGGUCACCAUCAUCUUUACGGAUUAUCGUCUAAGCUUCCAUCUUUCCACUCCUCAAAAUCUUGUUCUUUUUUGUGUUUUAUCUUCUUAAAGCCCUCGAAAACCCCAUAUAUCAAGACCCUUUAGCAUAAAUGCUUCAUACCCUCGGGAUUUCCUUCCGCCCACGAUAAAGGCAUCUCUUUGCUGCAAUCCUUUAACAAAUCUGAUUUAAUCUCCGAAACAGAAGCUGGGUUUUGUGUUUUGCUCUUCUGAAUCACCUUUUCCGCGGAGAAUUGCUUUGUUUUUGUCCAGCGUCUCUAGUUAAAUACCUGGCGAUGGAUGUUCUAGAACCUCGACGGAAGAGAGUUCAGUUGCGUGUUCUCAUUUUCAAGAAUUUUCUACGUUUGGGGCUUUUUUGAAAGGUCGGAGCGUGGCACUGUUCUUUUUGGAUUGUGGUUGAAUUUGAAUGAUUGGUUUCGAAAUUUCUUGAUUUUGUGUAGCUUGUGGGUGUUUUAGCUGAUUCUGGGAAAUGGGCUCAAGGGCGAUAGGGAUUGAGGAGGUCGUGGAAGAGAUCAUGAAGCUUCAUCGAUCUCUCCCACCUCGACCGGGGAUCGAAGAGGUUGAGGCAGCGAGGACAUUGAUUGUGAAUUUGGAGAGGGAGGAUCAGAUGAGGAUUGAGGCGAUUGUGAGGCAGAGGAGAAGUAGUGGUGUCCCUGAAGAGCUGUUUAUGUUGUUGCAGGAGAUGCAGAGGUGUAUGGUUCACUUUCAGAGCAAAGAGCAGAAGAGUGAGGCGUUGAAAUUGUUGGACCUGGAGAAUACCCACAAUCUGUUUGACGAUUUGGUUCAGAGGGCUUCCAAAUGUUUACCUUCUGGUUCUUCUCAGGCUUCAUCAAGGUCUUCUUUGGAUUCCAACAGAGUGUCUUUAACAAACUCAUCAUCCGUCUCCAGCAGCAGUGUCAGCACCUUAGCUACAAGUGCCACAGCUACCUUGAAAACUUCAACUUUUUACAAUGAGAGAGGGCCUGUGAAAGCUUCUCAGUCGUUUAGUAAAGACGACACUUAUUUGACCAAGGGAAAAGCUUCCAUCCGUGCAGAUGGAAUUGGGGUUGGUCUUUUAUAUGUAGACACCCCCUCAGAACCCAAGAUUGUUGAUUCUUCUUUGAGGCCUUCUAUUAGUCCAAGCCGGGAUGGUGAAAAACUAAGCUUGAUAAAGCUUGCGAGUUUGAUUGAAUUGUCAGCAAAGAAGGGAGCCUCGGAUCUCAAUCUUCAUAGCAAAUUGUCCGACCAAGUCGAAUGGCUUCCUGAUUCUAUCGGGAAGCUGUCAAGUUUGAUCACAUUGGAUUUGUCUGAAAAUCGGUUAACUUCUAUACCAACUGCUAUAGGGAGCCUUGGUUCUUUACAAAGGCUAAAUUUGUGCGGAAAUAGAAUUGUGGAACUGCCGGAUUCUCUUGGAAAUCUCCAGGAAUUGGUCUCUCUUGACCUUGCAGGAAAUAGUUUGAAAUCACUGCCUGUUUCCAUUGGUAGUUUAGUCCACCUUCAUGAACUUGAUUUGAGUUCCAACAUGAUCUCUGCACUCCCAGAGGCCAUUGGAUCUUUAUCUUGUCUCCAAAGAUUGAUCGUGGAAACGAAUGAUCUCGAGGAAAUUCCUCACACCAUUGGUCAAUGCUCUUCACUUGUUGAGCUACGUGCAGACUAUAACCGGCUUAAAGCCCUACCUGAAGCCGUGGGACGCAUUCGAACACUGGAGGUCCUAUCCUUGCGCUACAAUAAUGUGAGACAGCUUCCCACCACUAUGUCAUCAAUGGAGAGUUUGAAAGAGCUCAAUGUCAGUUUCAACGAGCUUGAGUAUGUGCCUGAGACCUUGUGCUUUGUUAUCACACUGCUAAAGAUGAACAUUAGCAACAAUUUUGCAGACCUCCGAUCUCUUCCGAGAUCCAUUGGUAAUCUUGAGAUGCUUGAGGAAUUGGAUAUCAGUAACAAUCAGAUCAGAGCUCUCCCAGACUCAUUUAGAAUGUUGUCCAAGUUGAGUGUUCUAAAAGCUGAAGGAAACCCUCUGGAAGUCCCACCUGUAGAUGUUGUUGGGAAGGGAGCACAGGCUGCUGUCCAAUACAUGGCUGAUCUCUAUGCAAAGAGAGAUAUAAAGAUUGAACCAGUGAAGCAGAAGAACAAAUCUUGGGCCAAGAGGUUCUUCUUCCGCUCACCAGCCAACCAACACAGGCGAGUUGAAUAUGUGAAAACAUAGCUGUCGGAGUAACACGAGAGUUUGUUGGUAUGUCAAUUACCACAAGUUACAGUUUUAACAUGUUCAUUCUGUGCAAUCCUUCACGUGCUUAUGCUUCCCAAGUUACAGUUUGAUUCCUGUAAUUCUUCUGUCUUUGCUUAUUUUAUGUUUCCUUGUAUUCUUAGUUUUAUUUGAUUGAUUGAGAUUCAAAAGUGCAAUUGACCUGAUUUUGCGGCCGUGCAUAGGGUAUAUUGAUAGGAACUUUCCCACUGUGAAUGCAUCUUAUGUUUCGCAUCAUCAUAGUUACGAGGAAAAUUUACCUUCUUUUUGUUUGUCACCAUUGCUUCUUUAGCUUAUUUACGGUAACACUCUUCCCGAAGAAGAACUGGAGUAAGGUGAUUACACGUGACUUGUUGCUUCUGCGACUUACCGUUGACAUGACCUUUGUUUGAGAAGUUAUGCAUCAGGACCUCAUGAGAAAGUAGACCUCACACUUUUCAUGUGCUCACAGGUGGAUCUUUUCUUUCUGUAAAAAGUCCAACUCUUAGAUGGUUGAUAUGUAUUAAGGUCAAUAAAAUGAGUAUUUUGAUCUAAGGAUCAAAUGAGAAUUUGCCUGGUUUUUGAGAGG